GCUAUUUUUUUUGUUAAUUACUUUUUAUUAUUUUGGUGUUAUUAUUGUUGUUUGUUUUCAGAAAAAAAUAUGGCCGAUAAUAGCACAAAGAAAAACAAGUUGUCGAAAACGGGACGAAAAAGUCCAAUUCCGAAUUCCAGCAUUAAUAAAACACGAUCACCAUCAAAACAAUCGAUAAAAGUAAAAACACCAAUCAAAAAUAGAGAAACAUCGAUUAGUAAAAAAACUCGAAUUAAAAACAAAACUGAUAAAAGCAAAACUAAAUUGAAAUCAAGUGUUAAUCGAAAGCCAUCGAUUUCAAAAACAAAUGUUAAUCGAAAACCUUCGUUUUCAAAAACAAGUGUUAAUCGAAAGCCAUCGAUUUCAAAAACAAGUGUUAAUCGAAAACCAUCGAUUUCAAAAACAAGUGCUAAUCGAAAACCAUCGAUUUCAAAAACAAGUGUUAAUCGAAAACCAUCGAUAUCCAAAACAAGUGUUAAUCGAAAACCAUCGAUAUCCAAAACAAAUGUUAAUCGAAAACAUUCGAUUUCCAAAACGGGCGCUAAUGCAACCAAAUCACAGAAAAAAAGUAUAACGAAAUUUAGAUCUAUAUCAAUCGCUGGUAAAUCGUCAAAAACAAAUGUCAGAAAACCGACUGUAAAAAAGUCUGUAUCCGUUUCUUCUAAAAAUCAAUCAGUCAGAAAUAUGAGCUCCAUUUCUAAACGGAAUUUAGAUACAUCGCGUUCAACAAAACAAUCAAGAACCACUUCAGCUUUACGACCAAGAAUCUCAAAAACUAUGUCCGAUGUAAGUAAAGAAAGAUCAAAACGAAAACUGUCUUCAUUGAAAACAACUGGACGAAGUAAAUCGAAAAUAAAGCCAAAAUUAUUUGAAAAGAGUAAAAAAUCGAAAAAAGUCACUAAAGAUACAAAAAAAAUUAAACCUCAAAUGAGUAGAGCAGCUACUAAAUCUGAAAAAAUUCUAGCAAAGCCAAAAUCUGCUAAACCGUCGAGUCAAAAACUUGAGAUGUUUGUCGUAAGAAAAUCUCCUAUGCCAAUGCCUAGCAUUGAAGAACAAAAAUCUCAGAUAGCCACAUUGAAAGCUGAAGCUGAAGCGGCAGCAAUGGCAGCGAAAACGGAUGAAGAUGCGAAAUUCUUUGAAAUAAUAAUCGAAACUAAAGACGGACCAUCUAUGUUACAAUCUUUAGAAAUCGAACAAAUUAUCCCAAAAUCAAUUGUGGUGAAGUCCAGUAGUGAUGAUGGCAAACAAAAAUCGUCGAAAACGUCUCCAUCAUUGUCUAAAAAAUCACCAAAACAUUCUCCUAGUUUGAAAAAACCAUCACCAAAACCAGCUUCUCCAGUGUCAAAGCAAUCAUCAAAACAAUCUCCUAGUUUGAAGAAACCAUCAUCGAAGCCAACUUCUCCAUUGCCGAAGCCAUCAUCGAAGGCAUCUUUGAGUUUGAAAAGAACAACAUCAGUGCCAAAGCCAUCAUCGAAAGCAUCGGUAAGUUUGAAGAAACCCGCGUCCAAAUCAACUUCAGUGUCAAAGCAAUCAUCGAAAGCAUCGGUAAGUUUGAAGAAACCAGCGUCAAAAUCAACUACGGUGUCAAAGCAAUCAUCGAAAGCAUCGCUAAGUUCGAAGAAACCCGCUUCAAAAUCAACUACAGUGUCAAAGCAAUCAUCAAAAGCAUCGCUAAGUUUGAAGAAACCGGCGUCCAAAUCAACUUCAGUGUCAAAGCCAUCAUCAAAAGCAUCGCUAAGUUUGAAAAAACCCUCAUCAAAAUCAACUUCUUCAGUGCCAAAGCAAUCAUCUAGCGAAUCGCUAAAUUUGAAGAAAUUCUCGUCAAAACAGACUUCUCCAGGGUCAGAGAAAUCAUCAAAGCCAAUUUCACCACCGUCGAAACAAUUUGCACCAACAUUGAAGCCAAUUUCACCACCGUCAAAACCCUUAUCACCGACAUUAAAGCCACUUUCGCCAGUGUCAAAACCGCUUUCACCACCGUCGAAACAAUUUGCACAGACAUUAAAGCCACUUUCACCAGUGUCAAAGCCCAUUUCAUCACCGUCGAAACAAUUUUCAUCAACAUUUAAGCCAAUUUCACCAAUGUCAAAGAUACUUUCAGCAAGGAAGAAGAGAUCGCCAGUUAUUCCGAGGCCAGCUUCGAAACCUCCAAUUAUAAGAACACCGGAAAAAUUUGAUCCGAAACCGAAAUCCUUACCGCCAAACCAGACGAUACAACAAUCCGCGUCUAUUACAACAAAAGAUGAUCAGCCAGAAACAAUAUCAACAACAAAAAUAUCCACAGACGAGCAACAGCAACCAUUGUUUCAAACAAGAACUGAAUUGCCUCUUUAUCUUGUUUCAUCAAUACUUAUCGACAAAAGAAAAAUGUCACGAAUGCCAGUUUCACCAUCGUCUCAGAUUAAAAGAAAUGCACAUAUUACAAUAAAAUCGACAAGUAAUAAAAAAACCGUUGCUACAUAUCGAAACGAUGCAGCUAGAAGAUCAUUAAUUCGUUUCGAACGAACAUCAAUUUUUUAUCGUCGUCUAGAUGAUUAUAAACGUGAUAGACGAGAGGAGGCUAUCAUUAUUCCUUAUAAUCCAUAUAUAAGAGGACAGAAAUUAUAUACUCUGCAUAAACGUGAUGAAUUGGAUCAAGUAAUCGAAAUAACACCCGGGCUAAUGUCAAGCCAAUCACAAAUGUCGAUUCGAAGAUCAAAAACCCAAGUAUUUCGACGGGAUUGUCUAAGAAGUCCAGAGGAUGCCAAUAAUGAUCAAACAUUGAUAAAAAAAACAUCAUCACUAACAAAAACUAUAACAAAACAAUCGAGUCCACAAUUAGAGAAAAUUGCUAAACAACAGCCACAACAGUUGGGAAAACAACAACAACCAGAACUGCCAAAUCCAAAAGAAAUUACCAUGACUACUACAACUACUACAACAACUGUUGAAAUAAUAGCCGAAAAACCAGAAAUGAAAACGAUUGGCGAAUCGUUGGAAGAACCAUCUAUAUUGAAAACGAAUUCUGAGAGUUGUGACAGUAGCAGUGAUUCUGCAAACAGUUCCAACUCUGAUGCAUCAGUUUGAAAUACUAAUCUAAUAAUAAUGUAUUUUUUGAGUAAGUGUGAAAAAAAUCCUGUCAAAUAAGAAAAAAAUGUUGGUUGUUGAUAAGAAAGUAGUAUUAUUUGGGUGAACAUAAAAGAA